AUGGACGUGAACACGCAGACAUGUGCCCACGCAAUCCUCUUCUCGGAUCUUGAUGACCUGUUUUGGGAAACUGCCACCGAGAACGAGGCUAUUUGUCAGACAGACCCUUUUCAGGUUGCGACCUGGACGGAUACACACCUGGAUACGGGUGCCAACACACCAGAUCUAUCUGCUAGUGCUCCACAGCUGCACCGCAACACCCGUAGUACGCCCCUGGAGCUCAGGUUGAAGGUCGUCCAGCUCCGAGAGCAGCAGUCCCUACCGUUCUCCACGAUUUCCUCAAUGUUGGCAAUGCCUCUGACAACCGUGAAGUCCAUAUGGCAGACGUACCGGCGGGAGGGGCGUGUGAAGCCACUCCAGGGAGGGGGCUGGAACCAGCGGCCAGACCGCAUGACAGUCGACGCCCGGGUUUCGGGGCCUGUCCAAGCCCGGAUUCUUGAGCUCCGCGCCGCGCACGCCUCGCUCCGGGCCAUCUCGGACAGCGUCUGGCGCGAGUACGGGGUCCGGGUCUCGCGGUCGGCGUGCGGGGCGUUGCUCCAACGGCUGAAGACCCGUGAGUAA